CUGCUGCCGUGCGGUAGCAGGACGAGCCCCAGCGGGGAAGGCGCUUCGGCCCCCGCCAUCGCCGCCGAGGUGCGGGUGCCCGCGGACGUGAUGGCCGCCCAGCUGCUGCGGGACCAGUACAUCCUCACGGCGCUGGAGUUUCACACCGAGCUGCUGGAGGCCGGCAGGGAGCUGCCCCGUCUCCGGGAUUAUUUCUCCAACCCGGGCAAUUUCGAGCGACACAGCGGGACGCCGCCCGCCUGCAAGGAGCAGGGGCUCGGGCAAGGAGGGCAGCUCAACCGGGCGGGAAGCAUCAGCACGUUGGACUCCCUGGACUUCGCCCGGUACUCGGACGACGGGAACCGGGAGGCCGACGAGCGGGUGGCAGUCCUGGAGUUUGAACUACGGAAAGCCAAGGAGACCAUUCAGGCUCUUCGUGCGAACUUGACUCAGGCAGCAGAGAGUGAAGUUCCUUUACAGGAACGAAAGAACUUAAAAUCCAGCCCUGAGAUUCAGGAACCCCUCCGACCUCUUGAAAAAAGAGCACUGAACUUUUUAGUGAAUGAGUAUUUAUUAAAGAACAACUACAAACUGUCGUCCAUCACGUUUUCAGAUGAAAAUGAUGAUCAGGACUUCGAGCUGUGGGACGACGUGGGUCUGAACGUGCCGAAGCCGCCCGACCUGCUGCAGCUCUACCGCAGCUGCGGGGCGUCGCUGGCGCCCCCGAAGAGCACGGCCGAUGUGGCGGUCGGGGUGGAGCCGGGCGACCUGCGGCCUCUGUCCGCCGCCGAGGAGGAGCUGCUGCUGCCGCCGCCCGUCGAGCCGAGACAGCAGUCUUCCGUGGUCCAAGAGCUGGAGCACCAGAUCAGCCUCUUGAACAGCGAGAAGCAGUGUUUGGCGGAGCAAAUCAAAAGCCUUCAGAGUGAUAUCGAGGCCCUGAAGAAGAAGAGCCUUGCUUCCCCACUGGCCGGUCCGGAAUCGGGAACGCCCAACCUGGAGGCCGUGCCGCAGUCGGACUCCCUGGAUAACGGGCAGUACCUGGACAUCAGAGGCACCGAAGUCGCCAAAGGGACUGAGCAGCAGGACCAAGUCACGAAUUCCACAGUAACACACACUACGGAUACGGACUCCGGCCCGCCCGGAGCUGAGACGCAGUCCCCGCGCUGCGCCAAGUUAAAAGCCCAGGUGUCCCAGAGAAAAGUGCCUGUGCAGUUUGACCAGCCCAACAGAAAGCUGUCUCCUGCAUUUCACCAAGCACUGUUAUCCUUCUGUCGAAUGUCUGCCGACAGUCGUCUUGGUUCGGAGGUGUCCCGUAUCGCCGACAGCGAGCAGAGUGUCAUGCUGAUGCUGGGGCGCUGCCUGCCUCACAUCGUCCCGAACGUGCUGCUAGCGAAGAGAGAGAGAAUGGUUGUGCAUCUGUGCCAGGAGCUGAUCCCCCUCAUCCUGUGCACGGCCUGCCUGCACCCCGAGUCCAAGGAGAGAGAUCAGCUGCUGCACAUCCUCUUCAACCUCAUCAAGAGACCGGACGAUGAGCAGAGGCAGAUGAUCCUCACCGGCUGCGUGGCGUUCGCCCGGCACGUGGGUCCCACGCGGGUGGAAGCGGAGCUCCUCCCGCAGUGCUGGGAGCAAAUCAACCACAAGUAUCCGGAGAGGAGGCUCCUGGUGGCCGAGUCCUGUGGAGCCCUGGCGCCAUAUUUGCCCAAGGAGAUUCGCAGCUCGCUGGUGCUGUCAAUGCUGCAGCAGAUGCUGACGGAAGACAAGGCGGACAUGGUCCGAGAGGCUGUGGUCAAGAGCCUGGGCAUCAUCAUGGGCUAUAUUGAUGACCCAGACAAGUACUCCCAGGGCUUCGAGCUGAUGCUGCUGGCCCUGGGAGACCCCUCGGAGCGCGUGGUCAACGCCGUUCACCAGGUCUUCAUCCCGGCCUUCGCCGCCUGGACGACGGAGCUGGGCCACCUGCAGUCGCAGCUCAUCCCCACGCUGCUUGGCCGGAUCGAGAGGCUGCUCAGGGAAGGAGAGCACGGCCUGGAUGAGCACAAGCUGCACGUGUUCCUGUCGGCGCUGCAGUCCCUCAUCCCGGCCUUGUUUGCGGUGGUGCUAGAGAACGCCCCGUUCACCAGUAAAGCCAAGCUGCAAGGGGACGUGACGCCCAUCGAAGUGACCAGGUUCCCCCGGCCUGCCUCCCCUCUCCAGGACGUGGCCACCAUCGUCGGCAGCCGGGAGCAGCUGGCGGCCCUGCUGCACAAGUAUAACUCCCAUCUUUCCUCCUCCUCCUCUGUCAACAGGUUGCCACAGCUCAUAGGAAUAGUGGGCAGGAUCAACGUUGCUUCAACAACCUGUGUCCAUGAAUUCUCCAGGUUCUUCUGGAGGUUAUGUAGAACAUUUGGGAAAAUUUUUACAAAUACUAAGGUAAAACCGCAGUUUCAAGAAAUACUCAGGCUUUCUGAAGAGAAUGUUGAUGCGACUGCAGGAAACGGGAUUCUGACAAAAGCCACAGUGCCCAUCUAUGCAACAGGUGUGCUUACGUGCUACAUCCAGGAAGAAGACCGCAAGCUGCUGGUGGGAUUCCUGGAGGACGUCAUGACAAUCCUUUCCCUGUCCCACGCACCGCUGGACAGCCUCAAGGCCUCGUUCGUGGAGCUGGGGGCCAACCCUGCGUACCACGAGCUGCUCCUGACUGUCCUCUGGUAUGGCGUCGUCCACACCUCGGCGCUCGUUCGCUGCACCGCGGCCCGGAUGUUUGAGCUGUUGGUGAAGGGGGUGAACGAAACUCUGGUAGCUCAGAGAGUCGCUCCUGCACUCAUUACUCUCUCCAGUGAUCCUGAAAUUUCUGUAAGAAUAUCUACGAUCCCCGCGUUUGGUACGAUCAUGGAGACAGUAACGCAGAAAGAGCUGCUGGAAAGAGUGAAGAUGCAGUUGGCCUCAUUUCUGGAGGAUCCCCAGUACCAAGACCAGCAUUCUUUGCACAUGGAGAUUAUUAAAACCUUUGGGAGGGUGGGGCCUAACGCAGAGCCCAGGUUCAGAGAUGAGUUUGUUCUUCCUCAUUUGCACAAGCUGGCUCUGAGUAACAACAUGCAGGCGGUGGACGCCAAGAGACUAGACAUCGCAACCCAACUCUUCGAAGCCUACAGUGCCCUGUCCUGCUGCUUUAUCUCGGAGGAGCUGAUGGUGAACCAUUUUUUGCCUGGCUUGAGAUGCCUACGAACUGACAUGGAGCAUCUCUCCCCUGAGCACGAGGUUAUUUUAAGCUCCAUGAUUAAGGAAUGUGAGCUGAAGGUGGAAAACAAGACUGUUCAGGAGCCACAGGGCUCGAUGUCCAUCGCGGCGAGCCUGGUGAGCGAGGAUGCCAAAACCAAGUUCCUGAACAAGAUGGGCCAGCUGACGACCUCGGGCGCCAUGCUGGCCAACGUGUUCCAGCGCAAGAAGUGACCCCGCGCAGGCGCUGCGCUGCUCCCACACUGCGAAGGACCCUCGCGCAGCCCGGCACCCCGUACUUGAAGUUUCUCCUCUGCCUUUCCUCUUUCUUUUUCCUUUUUGUCCGUUUUUGCGUCUUUUGUUUUUAAUCUGUAUACUGUGGCUAUAAUUUUAUUCCGAAUUCCAAAGAAAUUUGCACUUGUUUUCAUUUGUGUUCAAUUACUCUCCUCCCCCAAGUACUUUUUUUUUCUUGGUGCAGGUGGUUUAGAAAAAAAAAACUCAAGAUCCUUCCUGUCUCUGUGUUGCACUAUUUCUGCCAUUUGUUUUUUUGUUUUGUUUUGUUUUCUACUAGUGGGUGGAAAUGUUUUGGGAUUGUUUUAUUUUUUUUGUGGAUAUGUUCUAAAAGUAAAUAACUGUACAAUACACUGAAUUAUUAGAACGGUACCCAUAUAAUGUAAAUUUAAAGUCGAUGUCAUGAAGUAAUAAAAGUGAAGUGUUCUUAAGCCAUGUCUGCCCAUGACUGCUUGUUCAACACCCCAGUGGCAGGAUCUCCAUCCAGAAGUACUAUUCUGAAAGAAAACCUUUCCAAGGUCAGCUUCCUGAACCUGCCCACCUGCCUGUCGACAGAUCCCCCGGUUAAAAGUGUGGGGGGGUGUUUGCGUCGUCCCCGAUCCGGCACAAGACAGGAAACUGAAGGAACAGCAUAAGGCCAGCCUGCAGGUGUCUGCCACGAAGCAGGGACUGACUACACGGGCGGCUCGGAAGAUUUCUCCUUUCCAGGCUGAUCUCUGUACUUUUUUUUUUCCUUUGACAAGUCUUUUCUUCAACGUUGAUGCUCAAAGAGGGAAGCACCAGCGCUGACGGUCUCUGUGUCUGAGGUAGACCCAGCACGGUCCUUGAGUGUCUUGCAUGUUAGAACACCCGAAGCGCCUGUGGCCUUGUCUGUGGAGAGAGGAGGACUCUGUGUGCACUUCAUCACUCUCCACUCGUUCGGCACCCAGCCCUUGGCUGCAGAAGAGUUAAAGGAUUUUGUUUGGCCAUCUGGAAUUUGCACAAGCAUGCUCUUCCCCAGUCUCCGGUUCCUAGAAGCUACAGUUCCUCCCAGUUCUUCCCACAGAUGUUCACUGGGGGGCUUGAAUCUUGAGACUGGGGCAUCUACUGCAUAAUCCGCACUACAGGCGGGUGAGUUGUCAGCUUGGCUACAUCAGGAGCCCAUGGGAGCAUCCCUGUCACGUCAAGAAGUCUCCUGCUGUUCUGUCAUUGGAAAAGGCCAGCAGCACGCACCUAACGCAUUCCUGCUGUCAAGGACAGAGGGCAGCUGGUGUUCCCAUGUAAGGCUUGAUGACACCCCUACACACCCCCUUCUGUCGUGUUUAUUAGUUUGAUCGUAGAGCGCACACGCCUCAAAACAGAAGCAGGCUGGAGCUGGCGUUCGCAGAUUUUGAAGCAUUCCUUCAUUAUAGAUCUGUGUAAAACAAGAAGACAUGGCUGUUGCUUUUUUUGUCUUCUACAAUGUCCAGGUUUUUUUUAAGUCUGUUUGAGCCACAGCCCUUGCCAAGAAAAACAGACUGAAAAUGGAUGUUUCCAGUUGUGCUCAAAAGACCAGAUUUCGAACAUUAUAUUGCUGUAGUUCAGACUUUAUUGGAGGGAAUUGCAAAGCUUAUGGGGGUCCAGCUGCACUUCUUGAAAUUCUCAUGCUUCUGUAGUUUUACUGGGAUUGAUAGGCAACCCCUCGGCUCUGAUAAACGAUUCACUUAAUGUACACUAAGCAACAAAAAAAUUAUAACUGUGUUGGUUUCAAAGGUGUUGUCAAUAAAAUUAGAAUCUUU